ACACGAGUACAGCUCCACAGCCCAUCAUCAACAACAACAGCAAACCCAAAAAAUUGUUUUCUUUUACUUUCCCAUUUUCCCUCUCAUCCUAAUUCCCACACCUUUCGCUUUCUCUCUCUAGUUUAUCUCACUCCGAUUUCAAGAAUUUUCCGCUUUAAUUGCUCCCUCCAUCGCAAAUUAAACCGCCUCUCUACUUCAAUUUUUUCCCAUCAAUGACCCUUGAUUCCUGCGCUCUCUGCUGCUUCCGUACUUGCACAGUUCUCUAGUUUACAUGUAUAGUGAUAAAGCUUCGAUUUUUGCCUCUUUUGAUGCAUUUUUGGUGAGCAAUUGUUGAUGAAUGAUGUAAUGGAUCGCGGCCCAGAUCUUGAAACGUGCUGAUCUGUGCUGAAUAGUUGGGAAUUUUGUGGAAUUAUUAGAGAAAGGGGAAAGAUGAGAUGAUAAUUCCUUCACUGGAAAGAGUGUUUGCACAUUGGGAGUUGAAUCAGUCUGAUGAUUGUUUUGGCGCUAUUUCUUUAGUUCUCUUGCCAUUUAUGAUGUGCCUCCAGUUGUGAAGCAUUUGCUUGUUCGUUUGUGGGAGUUUCGUACACUUGAGGAAUAUUGUGACUGCUUUGCACUUAGUGAUGAUUAAGAAUAUUCUUAACAAGCUUCCACGAAAACAUGGCAAGUUAGUGGAUAAUCGUGAUGGAGGAUCCUCUACAUACACUUCGAACGCUCCAGCUACUUCAAAAAAUGCUUAUGCCACAGGUGGCCGGUCAGGCAGUUCUAAUCCUGCAGCUGUUUCUGGGAUUAAUUCAUCUUCAAAUUCAGUUGCAAAUUACGGAAAUAACUCAGUAAGUACUAAGGUCAAUGGGAAUGCAGGAUAUGUUCCGUAUGAAGCUUUGCCUAGCUUCAAAGAUGUCCCAAAUUCUGAGAAGCAAAGCUUGUUUAUAAAAAAGGUGAAUAUGUGCUGUGUUAUAUUUGACUUCACUGACCCCACAAAGAAUUUGAAAGAAAAAGAGAUCAAGCGGCAGACAUUAGUUGAGCUCGUUGACUAUAUCGCUUCAGCAAAUCAGAAAUUCACAGAAACUGCCAUGCAAGAGAUUGUAAAAAUGGUAUCCACAAAUUUAUUCCGUACGCUUUCCACACAGCCUCGUGAAAACAAGAUAUUGGAAGCCUUUGAUUUGGAAGAAGAGGAGCCCUUGAUGGAUCCCGCAUGGCCUCAUUUGCAAGUUGUAUAUGAAUUUCUUCUGAGGUUUGUGGCUUCGCCAGAGACAGAUGCAAAGCUAGCAAAGCGUUACAUUGAUCACUCUUUUGUUCUGAGGUUAUUAGAUCUCUUUGACUCAGAAGAUCCUAGAGAAAGGGACUAUUUAAAGACUGUGCUACAUCGGAUAUAUGGAAAGUUCAUGGUUCAUCGCCCCUUUGUCAGAAAAGCUAUCAAUAAUAUAUUCUACCACUUCAUAUUUGAAACAGAGAAGCAUAAUGGGAUUGCUGAGCUGUUGGAAAUUCUGGGUAGCAUUAUAAAUGGUUUUGCAUUGCCUUUGAAAGAAGAGCACAAGCUUUUCCUUGUUCGGGCACUCAUUCCUCUUCACAAACCGAAGUGCAUCCCCAUGUACCAUCAGCAGCUAUCUUACUGCAUAACACAAUUCGUGGAGAAGGACUGCAAACUUGCUGAUACUGUCAUAAGAGGCUUACUGAAGUAUUGGCCAAUCACUAACAGUUCAAAGGAGGUAAUGUUCUUGGGUGAGCUAGAGGAAGUGUUGGAAGCGACUCAGCCUCCAGAGUUUCAGCGUUGUAUGGUUCCUCUCUUCCGCAAGAUUGCUCGUUGCCUGAGCAGUUCACAUUUUCAGGUGGCAGAAAGGGCUCUCUUCUUAUGGAACAACGACCACAUUGAAAACCUGAUCAAACAAAAUCGUAAAGUUAUCCUGCCAAUCAUCUUCCCUGCACUGGAGAGAAACGCAAGAAGCCACUGGAACCAGGCCGUGCAGAGCUUGACACUGAAUGUCCGGAAAAUAUUCUCAGACGCGGAUCCCGAGCUCUACGAGGAGUGUUUACUCAAGUUCCAAGAAGACGAGGCACAAGAAGAAGAAAACAAGAGGAAGCGCGAAGCAACAUGGAAGCGCCUGGAGGAAAUAGCCGCGAUGAAAGCUGCCAGCAACGAGCCAGUGCUCGUUUCUCCCAGGACUAUCGCAAAGAUGUCUCCUGGCUAAGGAUGAAGUACUUUUUUGCUGUUUUUAUGUUGCUGACAAGUGAUGGGGUUGAUGGUAAAGGGAUGGAGCUGCAACAGUGAGAUCGGAUAUUUUCUUGAUUGCUUUGCGUUUUUCUUACCCCAUCAGGUCGUGGUGCAGGGGCUAUACGAGACGUCGUUUCGGAUGCAAGAAAUAGUGAAUGUACAUAUAGAAUUGUGCUGGCAAAAUGGCCUUUUCUUCGUCUUUAGUUCUUAGAAAUGGUGUUAAAAGUUGUGUUAUAUUUUGAUGUAUGUCUAGAGAUUUUUGAACUGGGCUUCAGUUUAUGUACUCUCCAUCUGCAAAUCUGCAAUUAUAUAUAUGUAUGUUCAUGUUAA